AUGCCAUUCGAUCCCGUGCUCAAUUGCCCACGACCUGUUACGGAAGAUGACAUCGAAAGAGAGUUCUGGCGAUUGGUUGCAAGCCUAGAGGAGACUGUCGAGGUUGAAUACGGUGCCGAUAUUCAUUCAACUACACACGGAAGUGGAUUCCCGACCAUUGAGAGACAACCACAAAACCCUUAUUCCACCGAUCCGUGGAAUUUGACAAUCAUGCCCCUGCAUGGAGAGUCUCUAUUCCGACAUAUCAAAUCGGAUAUCUCCGGUAUGACUGUACCUUGGCUUUAUGUUGGCAUGAUCUUCUCGACUUUCUGUUGGCACAAUGAGGACCACUACGCAUAUUCCGCAAACUAUCAACACUUUGGAUCUACAAAGACCUGGUACGGAAUUCCAGGGGAAGAUGCCGAGAAGUUCGAAGACGCCAUGCGAGAAGCUGUUCCCGAACUAUUUGAAACACAACCUGAUUUAUUGUUCCAAUUGGUCACACUUUUAACACCAGAACAAUUAAAGAAAGCUGGUGUUAGGGUAUAUGCUCUAGAUCAAAGAGCUGGUCAAUUCGUCAUCACAUUCCCUCAAGCAUACCAUGCUGGUUUCAAUCAUGGAUUUAAUUUCAAUGAAGCUGUCAAUUUUGCACCUACUGAUUGGGAACCAUUUGGAGAUUCUGGAGUCGAAAGACUUCAGCAAUUCAGAAGGCAGCCAUGCUUUUCCCACGAUGAACUCUUAUGGACUGCGGCUGAGGGUGCGGCAACUGGUGGUGUUACCAUCCAGACAGCCAAAUGGCUAGCUCCCGCUCUUGAACGACUUCGCGAUCGAGAGGUUUCACAAAGAAAGAUUUCAUUGAUAAACACAAGGGAGAUGGUCACACUUGUGUGAUUACUGAUGUCAUUGAAGGUGCUGCUUCUAGGUGUGAGAUUGGAUUCCAGCUCGACGAAGAAGAUGUGCCGGAAGAAGAGUAUCAAUGCACGCACUGCAAAGCAUAUGCAUAUAUGUCAAGGUUUAAGUGUAAUAAGAGUGGUAAAGUCAUGUGUCUGCUCCAUGCAGGGGCUUAUGAAUGUUGUGAUGCUCCUGAGGCAGAAAGAUUUGCGGGCACUAACCACACCCUUCACCAUCGUCGUACGGAAGAAGCCAUUUCAACCAUGCACCAAAAAGUUGCUGACAAAGCAGCCUUACCUGAAAUUUGGGAGGAGAAAGUGGAAAAGUUUCUUGAAGAAGAUGCGACUCCAUCACUGAAAACUUUGCGUACCCUUCUAAACGAAGGAGAGCGCAUCCCGUAUGAUUUACCAUCCCUCCCUUCGUUGAAGAAAUUUGUUGAUCGAUGUAACGAAUGGGUGGAAGAAGCGACAAAUUACACCGUUCGAAAACAGCAGAAUCGAAGAAAGAACGAGAAAGCUUGGCGUAAAGGGAGCAGGGCAGCGGAAAUGGAGGAGAGAGAUCGCGAACUACGAAAGUUCGAAAACAUCACCAAGUUACUGAAAGAUGCCGAUAGAAUUGGAUUCCAUUGUCCUGAAAUCGAUCAACUACGAGAGCGAGCCGAUGCCAUUACGAAGUUUCAAACCGAUGCUAGAGCUGCUCUAGCCCACCCAAGUUCACGACGUACCAAUGAAUUUGAAGAACUUCUUGAAGUAGGGCGUGGGUUCAAUGUGGAUAUGCCUGAAAUUGACAAGCUUGAGAAGGAAGUUCAACAAAUGAAGUGGAAUGAUCGUGCUCGUGACAAUCGUGGAAUCUUCCUCUCAUUGAAGGAAGUCGGUGAUAUCAUUGACGAAGCUACCAAACUUCAGGUGCCAGAUUAUAACGAUUACUUGAUCUACUACAAAGAACAGAAAACUGCUGGUAUGAAUUGGGAAGUGAAAGCCAAAGAAGUCAUUGGUGCGGAGACUGUUCACUACCCACAAUUGGAGGCUUUAUCUCAACAAGCUCAAGUUGCUUCAUUGCCUGUAUCGCAAGAAACACUGGCUCAGGUUGAUCAAAUCUUGAACAAGCAUCGAGAAGUACACAAACAGAUCGUUUCCCUGUACGACAGAUGUAGGGAUCCUGACUACAUGAAACGGCCAGCUUAUGCAGAGGUUGCCGUACUUCAAAAAGAACUUCAAGGUUUGGGUAGCAAGCCAAGUGGCACUCUGGAUUUGGAAAAAGAGAUAAAAAGACAUGAAGAUUGGAUGCGUAAAGGCAAGAAGUUAUUCGGCAAGGCAAAUGCUCCCUUGCAUAUUCUCAAGCAACAUAUGGAAUAUGUCAUGGAACGAAAUGUUGAUUGUUUCGAUAUCAGUCAAGAUAAGCCGCGGCUUCCUGCCGAACCACUAUCCCGUGAACCUUCUCCUUCAAACGACAAACUUCACAGUUGGGAAGAUCCAAGGUUUCGAGAAGUAUUCUGUAUUUGUCGAAGAGUUGAAGCUGGUAUGAUGAUUGAGUGUGAGCUUUGUCAUGAGUGGUAUGAUCUUCCGUCUCUAUCUUGUAGGGUUUCACUAAUUAAUAAUAGGUACCAUGGUAAAUGUUUAAAGAUUGCUCGUGGAAAAGUCAAGGAUGACGAGAAGUAUACUUGUCCAAUUUGUGACUGGCGUGUGCGUAUACCUCGUGAUGCAGCUAGGCCUAAACUCGAGGAUUUACAAGCGUGGCAAGAUGAGAUUCCGUCUUUACCAUUUCAACCUGAUGAGGAAGCUAUUCUUGAAUCUAUUAUCAAUAAUGCCCAAGAAUUCCGAAGUCACAUUGCACCAUUUUGCAAUCCAGUCAUGGCAACAGCAGACGAAUCCGAAACUCAACGCUUUUAUCUACGAAAGAUUGAAGGUUCAGAAAUACUUCUUGCAUAUGAAACCAAUUUCUUCAGACAAGAACUUCAUAAAUGGUCACCAGUAGCACCAGAACCUCCGCCAGUCCUUGAAUCCUCGAAAUCAACACGAAAGCCUAGACCAACCAAACUUCAAAAGUUAAUGGCGCAACAUGGGGUUGAUGAUCCAGAAGCUUUACCACAAAAUUUAAGGACCAAACCUCACAACUUUAAAAGAAAGAGCAGUGAACCUAGUGGAAGUCGACCCAUGCCUUUGCAACCUGCCCCAGGAAGAUCACAGCCUGGAACCCCCACGGCUCAUAGUUUUGCAUCUAGUUCUGGUCCAAGUAUGGGUCCUCAUGGACCGGUUUUGAGUGGGAUUCCAAGUGCUCAUGAUCAUGCGCACCCUUAUGCCACUUACUCGCAAGAUUCGUAUACUAGUAUGACUGCUUCAACAAAUCCAUCUCCAGCUUUUGCUCCACAUGCUUAUUUGCAUGGUGGUGUGGUUGGAACACCUACAUUUGGUCAUACAUCCCACAUCGUCCGAACAUUUUCAGUGAGGCUGGAUUAUCAAGGAUGGAUCCUUCUGUAUCGCUCAAUAGUCCAAUGAGAGAUAAUUUCUCUUUGGGGGUUAGUAGUGUUGGUCAAACUCCUUUAGGUGUCACUGCUGGUGAAGAUAAGAUCUUGGGAGAUAAGAUGUUUGGAGAACUUACGAAUGGUGAUGAAGAGUCUACAGGGAAUAAAGAGGUGUCAUCGGUUGAUAGAAAACCAAUUGAUGACAAGGAUGCAACUGAAGCUACGAAAUGGGAUGAAGGAGGUGAUAAUAUGGAGUUAUUCUUCGAUGGGCCUUGA